GAAGGAAGGAGGGGAGGGGGGGAGAGGAAGGGAGCAGCAGCAGCAGCCGGGUGAAGGGUGAAUCGGUGAUUCGAUUCGAUUGCUUGCUUUGCUUGGCUUCCCCGCCUCAAGCUCAAAUCGAACCCAGCAGUUGCAAAUCCAAAUCCGCGGGCAGUGCAGUGCAGUGGCCCGUGCAGGUUCCCGCGUCCCAAUCAUCCAACCAGGUGCUGAUUUCCUGCCUCAGCUCCCGAUAUUUCACAAGGACAUGGUCUUCUGAUCCGAGAUGUUCCUCAAGGAACAGCAUCAGCAACCCAACGCCACUGAUCAAACUGAUGCCAUCAACUCGCCUACUGCUGAUGACCACCACAAACCAGGCGUCCCCCGUGUAUCAAGCUGCAGCACCGAUAAGGAUUCUGGCCUUUCACUUUGCCGGGUCUGUCAUUGUGUCGAACCUGAUUUGGGAGGCGAGUCUGCCUUAGGUUUCUUGGGCAUCGUGCCGCCUUCUAGAGAGCCAUCUGCUCCAAGGACCGACGAUGACGCUACCAAGACUUCCACCAGCAAGGAUGCCAUCACUGGGCCAAAGGAUGGAACCAAUGCUCCCAGGUUUGUUGAGUUCAUAAGCCCCGAGGGGGAGAUAUUCGUAUGCACUGCUGACGUGGAAUCAGGCCCCCUCCACCAACAAGAUCAUCUUGUGGAUCUAGGCUGUUCCUGCAAGAACGAGCUUGCCCUGGCGCAUUAUGCCUGUGCAUUGAAGUGGUUCAUCAGCCAUGGAUCCACUGUAUGUGAGAUAUGUGGAAGUGUUGCUGCAAAUGUAAGGCCUGAUGAUUUCAACAAGGUCCUCGCGUCCUUGAAGGAUUAUGAAGCUCUCAGGGAAAGGACAUCUACAGGGGAACUCUCAUACUUGCAGCAUGUGCCUGGUACAGGUGUUGAUCCAGAUGCUGUUGCAGCAAUACGAAGGCAGCGGCUUAGUGAGAUAUCAUCUUGGUUCAAUCCUCAUAACUCUCACAUGGCUGUUUCUCAAGGCCACGUUGAUCAACCGCCACUUAGUCCAACCAAUAAUUCUGUACUAGAGCAUAGUGUUGUGGCAGCGAGGCGGGUACAUACAAGAUGGAGUUUGGAGAGUACUGGAGUUCUUGUUGCUAUCGGCCUAGCUGUCAUUGUUCUUGCAUGGUUGGUUGCUCCACAUGUUGGCAAGAAAGCUGCUGUAAUCGGUCUUCAUAUGCUUCUUGGAGGUUUAUGCGCGUUGACUCUAGUAAUAUCCCUGAGAUUUGUUUUCCCGAGAAUCCAGUAUGGGUCUAUGCAAUAUUGGGCAAUCUUGUUUGUGUCCUGGUUCCUUGUGUUUGGUGUUUGGGCCUCUCGAACUCGCAGCAUACGCUCCUCAUGAGCAUAUGUAGUGUAGCGUGAGUCACUGUGGCAGACCCGGAUUGCUUCGCCAUGGCAGUGUUAGGUACUGCAUCCCUGUAUAUAUUCACCAUACUAUCUAUAAUGGUUGCCUUUUUAGAGUUUUUUUCUUAUUUAAGAUGUAUAUGCUUGACCUAAGGAAAGAUGGAAAAUCAUGUUCAGCACUGUGUGUUGUGGUAAUAGUAUAUUUGUUGGACUUGUUUGAGAUAA